AUGAAAGCUUAUAGAGCUAAAAAGAGAGCAAUUCAGCAGAUUGAGGGAACCAAUGCUGAACAAUAUAGUAGGCUAUGGGAUUAUGUUGCUGAGUUGAGAAGAACCAAUGAGGGACCUUGCCAAGGACAGUUAUUUACUGUUGUUAGAUGGGAUGCAAACAAUCAAAUGUAUCCAAUAGCUUAUGCUGUAGUUGAGGCAGAGUGUAAGGAGAGCUGGACUUGGUUUUUGCAAAAUUUGUUACAAGAUAUUGGACCAAUUGAAGAACAUGGAUGGACAUUUAUGACCGAUCAACAGAAGGGACUUGUUCCAAGCUUGAGAUUGGGACAAAAUGCUGAAGUACAAAGGGCCCUACAAUGCAAAGUUGAAAAGAGGAAGCUAAAAUCCAGAGUAUGGAUACCUACAUGGUUAGGAGGUGUUGAGUUUGAAGUGAGAUAUGGAGGGGAUGGGUAUGUAGUGAAUUUAGAGAAUAGAACAUGCACAUGCUUUAAGUGGGACUUGACUGAAAUCCUUUGUCCCUAUGGUGUAGCUGCCAUAUUUUUUCAGAAAGCGAGGGUUAAAGAUUAUGUUCAUGCAUAUUUCAAGAAGGAAACUUUUUUGAAGACUUAUGAGCCAUUGAUUAAUCCAUUGAAUGGUCUAGAUAUGUGGCCUAAAACAGGGUGUGAUCCUCUUUUAACUGCCAAACUUAAGACCAACUGGUAG